AUGGAAUCCGAGAUCCUCAUCGUCGGCGCUGGUAUCUUCGGCAUCAGCACCGCGUAUCAUCUUGCCAAGCGCUCGUCCCGUUCCGAGGCGAUCACCGUGCUAGACCGAUGCUCGGCUCCCUCGCAAGAUGCAGCGUCGACAGACAUCAACAAGAUUAUCCGCGCGGACUACUCUAGCUCUUUAUAUAUGGAGCUGGGAUUGGAAGCCAUCGAAAUGUGGAAAAAUGACCCCCUUUUCAAGGAUUCCGGUGUUUAUCACCAGACUGGCUGGAUCAUGAUGGACGAGAAAGAUAGCGACCUCGCCGGGCGCAUUGGUGCCAACUUUCGAAGAUCUAUCGGUUUCAAUCCUUUGCAGCCGUUGUCUGAAGAUGAGGUGCGGUCGAAAUGGGAUGGAGUGCUUAAGGACACUGAUUUGAGUCCUUUUGGGUCUUUCUUUUUGAACCCGCUGGCCGGCUGGGCUGACGCCGGUCGGGCUUUGACAAUCAUGACGAAUGAAGUUAUCAGUCUGGGUGUGCGAUAUCGGGUCGAUGAAGCUACACGCCUUGUGUUGGGUGAAGAUGGCAUCAAGGGUGUGCAGACCGAGUCGGGUGAAUUGUACUCGGCAAACAAGGUGCUUCUCUGCACCGGAGCCUGGACAAGUCAGUUGAUGAAUUCUUUGGAGAUUGAACUCGAAAUUCUCGAGAGCGAUCGUGUCGAAACUCAAGCCACUGCAGCUGGCGUUUGUGUCGCCCACUUUCAGCUCUCGGAUGCCGAACGGAAGCUAUACGACCAGCUUCCUGUGAGAGGUCAUACCCCCGACCAAUGCCGGACUGCUCAAGUUCACCACAACGCAGUCAUUCAAAAACACCAGUCACGGCUACUCGGUGCCACCGGCCUCGGGCUACCCAUUCACAACCCAACGCAUUGCCCAGAGAAGCUUCAAAAAGAAUGCAUCGACUCAAUUCGACCCCGUCUACCCCAAUUGUUCACUAGCGACCGCCACGUAGACUACUUCCGCCUAUGCUGGGAUGCGAUUACCCCCGACCAGCACCCUUUGAUCACCCAGCACCCAGACACACGACUACGAAACCUAUACCUAGCCAUAGGAGGAUCGUUUCAUUGCUGGAAAUUCCUCCCCACGAUCGGUCGAUACGUGGCUAACAUGCUAGAAGGAAAAAGCAACCGAGGUGAUCGCGACGACGCGUGGGCGUGGAAGAAGUCGCGUCAGGGUGGCGUUCACGACAGUCUCCGACCCAGCAAAGAGCUGAGCGAGUACUACUGA